GUGCGGCAAAAUCGCUAGAUAGGUGGAGCCCCGUUCGUGAUGCAGCCGAGAAAGAAAAAGUGCCGGGAACGGCGCGGCUCGGUCUGACGACGACGUCGACGACGAAGAGAGAAGGAGGAGGAGGAGGAUCGCGUGCGCGAGAGCGUCUGCGAGAGUUCCGGAAGCUUUGUUUCGCGCGACAGGACGAGACAGGACGAGACGGUCGGCCGCGCCUCUGAAUGAUUCUCUGACGACUUCCGGCCGCGUUCGUCGCCGUGAUACUGUCUCACCUCUUCUGGCCGCGCGGUUCCCCCGCGAUAUUCCGUGUGAGAAGCCGCUCGCGUGAGUCGGCGGGCAGCCGCCGAAGCGAAGAUGGACGAGGACGAGGCGGAGGACGUGCGCGCGGCGGCGGCGGCGAUCAGCGCGCGGAUCUGCAGCAGCGGCUCGUCGAGGUUCAUCUCCAAGAGCAGGAAGCUGACCCUACGAGCGCAAGAGUCCGCGGAGGACUCCGACACGAUGGAGUGCGCGUCCGAGAACGAAGUGGAGAACUUGCCGAAGGACGAGGACGCGCAUCUGAUAAGGACGCGCGCGAAGCUCUCGGAAAGGAGCGGCUACUCGUUGGACGUGCCCGACGACGUGGAGUCCAUGCUACUGCGCAGGAAGACGACCAUGUCGGCGACGAUGUCGACGUUGUCGUCGUCGCUGCGCGUGAACGACGACUCGAGGUACUCGAGCCCGCGACUGGGCUUCUUCAUGACGGCAAAUCGCAGCCCGCAGUCCAGCUCGAGCCAAGAGGAGUAUGAGCCCGAGGUGAAGAGCAUCUCCAGGCUGCAGAUACACCAGCAACAUCAACAUCAGCAACAGCUACAGCAGCAGCAGCAGCAGCAGCAGCAGCAGCAGCAACAGCAACAACACCUGCUGACAGCCAGCGUGGGCGGCCAAGUGACCGCGCGCUCGAUGGAGAGCCUGCGCUCGUCGCGGAACUUCCUCAGCGCCGACGAGCGCUACAGCGAGGACUCCAAGUCCAUGGAGUCGUUGUCGUCGUCGUCGGAGACACACAUGGCCUCCAGCCGCGGCCAUUACCGCAGCUUCCUCACGUCGUCGACGAGGGACAUGCGGCGCAUCGUGACGGUCGAGUCGAAGAGCAGCGAGAACCUCCACCGCGAGGAGAGCAUGAACGCCGAGGUGAGGCGCGGCCUGUUCGCCAACACCGGCCUCGAGAGGAAGAUACCGCAGCACCUGAGCCUGCCGCCGCCGUCCAACGUGUUCUCUCUGACCAGCCCGGGCGGUAGCGAUCGCAAGAUCACGAUCUUGAGCCCGCACUCGCCGGUGCAGUCGGCCGAGUUCCAAUUCGCCGCGCAGACGCUCAAGAGCCGACGCAAGAAGGCCAUCGUAUUGCCGAGGUUGGUGUUGCCCCGAAGCGAAUCCGAGGUCUUUCUAGACUUCGACGUGGAGAAUGGCGCCUCGACUUUGGACGGCGGCGCCGGGGGCGGAGGCGGCGCCUCACCGAGCGCGGGGCUCGUUCUCCAGACGCUGCCCCAGCGGAGGGAGAGCUUCUUAUACCGGAGUGACAGCGAUUUCGAGAUGUCGCCGAAGUCGAUGUCUCGGAACAGCUCCAUCGCCAGUGAAAGGUUCAAAGAGACAGAGCUUCCUGUCGAGCGAGCGAUAUUUACCGAUCAGUACAGCCAUGGCGAGGACCUCAUCGUUACACCCUUCGCACAGAUUCUUGCUUCUCUGCGCUCGGUCAGGAACAAUUUCCUGUCGCUCACGAAUGUGCCGACGAACAAGUCGCGGAGGAGCAGUGGCCAACAGGGCAGCAGUACGCCACAGCCGCGGAUUUUGGCGCCAGGAGAGGAGCCCUUCAUGAAACUGGCUGUGGAGACGAUAGAGGAGCUAGACUGGUGCUUGGAUCAGUUGGAGACCAUUCAGACGCAUCGAUCCGUGUCCGACAUGGCAUCCCUCAAGUUCAAGAGAAUGCUGAACAAGGAACUGUCGCACUUCUCGGAGUCGUCGAAAUCCGGGAACCAGAUCUCGGAGUACAUCUGCAGCACCUUCCUCGACAAGCAACAGGAGCUGGACUUGCCGUCCCUGCGAAUCGAGGAUGCAGUCGCCGCGGCCGGCAGCGUGGACGCACGAGCGGCGAAGAAGAAGGACCGUGCACAAAGGGGUCCUGCCGCGAUGUCACACAUCAGCGGCGUGAAACGGCCGUUGACACACACCAAUAGCUUCACCGGGGAACGCGUGCCGCUCCACGGGGUGGAAACACCGCACGAGGAGCAGCUCGGCAAGCUGCUGUCGGACAUCGACAAGUGGGGCAUCGACAUCUUCAGGAUAGGUGAGCUCAGUAACAAUCGACCUCUCACCUGCGUGGCGUACACGGCCUUCCAGAGUCGAGAUCUGCUCAAGUCGCUAGCGAUACCGCCGAAGACCUUCGUCACCUUCAUGAUGACCCUAGAGGAUCACUACGUGAAGGACAAUCCCUUCCACAACAGCCUCCACGCGGCCGACGUGACCCAGUCCACUCAUACUCUGCUCAACACGCCCGCUCUCGAGUCCGUGUUCACGCCGUUGGAGAUCACCGCUGCAUUGUUCGCGGCCACCAUCCAUGAUGUAGACCACCCAGGACUCACGAAUCAGUUCCUCAUCAAUUCAAGCUCCGAGCUCGCGCUGAUGUACAACGACGAGUCCGUGCUGGAGAACCACCACCUGGCGGUCGCGUUCAAGCUCCUGCAGAACGAGGGCUGCGACAUAUUCGUGAACAUGACGAAGAAGCAGCGGCAGACUCUGCGGAAGAUGGUGAUCGACAUGGUUCUCUCGACGGACAUGUCGAAGCACAUGUCGCUGUUGGCUGACCUCAAGACCAUGGUGGAGACGAAGAAGGUCGCCGGGUCGGGCGUGCUGCUGCUCGACAAUUACACCGACCGCAUCCAGGUGCUGGAGAACCUGGUGCACUGCGCCGACCUGUCCAACCCGACCAAGCCGUUGCCGCUCUACCGACGGUGGGUGGGUCUGCUGAUGGAGGAGUUCUUCCUGCAAGGCGACCGCGAGCGAGAGCAGAACAUGGACAUCAGCCCCAUGUGUGACCGGCACAGCGCCACCAUCGAGAAGUCGCAGGUCGGCUUCAUCGAUUACAUCGUUCACCCGCUCUGGGAGACCUGGGCGGACCUGGUGCACCCGGACGCGCAGGAUAUCCUGGACACGCUGGAGGAGAACCGCGAUUGGUACCAGUCGAUGAUACCACCGUCGCCGCCGUCGGACGACCAGCAGCAGCAGCAGCAGCAGCAGCAGCAGUCGACGAACGAGAAUCAGCAGCAACAGCAGUCGGACAGGAUACACUUCCAGGUGACGUUGGAGGAGGGCGACGAGACCGGCGAGACUGUGGAAGGUAGCGACAGCGGGCCAGGUGGCGGUGGCGGAGGCGGUGGCGGCGGCGAGUUCUCCAGUGAGGACGCGGGCGGUGAGACGGAGGAGAACGCCGCGGAGGCUGGGAUGUGACGGAGGCUCGCCGGUAUUUGCAGGAAGCUCCACGAGAAGGUGCAGCAGACCUGGUGGCGCGUGCGUCAGUGACAUUCGCACUUAGCCGCGCCUAGCCGGUCUCUUUGUAUCGACCUAUUGAUCGCCCUCGGCUAGGAAGGCCGCGCUGGACCGCGGGAGGCGGCGGAAGCACGGUGGGAGCCGUCUGGACGGGCGAAGAUGAAAAGAUCGCGUCCCGACGACGACGUUGCUGACCAGAUCUCGUCGUCGGUGCGACGCGCCAACGGGGACGACGGGGAGGAGAGAGAGAGAGAGAGAGAGAGAGAGAGAGAGAGAGAGAGAGAGAGAGAGAGAGAAAAGGGGGAGAAAGGGAAAAGAGGAGAGUCGUUCUGUUGGCACACGAGGAAGGAGCUUCUAAUAGCUUGACUGCAAAGAGCAGGAGAGGAAGAAGGAACUACGUCAUGACCGUCGCGCUUCUUCGGCUGGACCGAAGGCAGCGGCGUGGGAGCGAAGUCUCGAUUCGUCGUCGUCGUCGUCGUCGUCGUCGUCGUCGUCGUCGUCGUCGUCGUCGUCGCCGUCGUCGUCGUAGUCGUCGAGCGAACAGUUUCGAUACGUUUAUUGUACCGUUAUGCUAAGGAAAAGCAGACUCUCUCGACGGUCGCAUCUCAUUGAAUUCUAUCAAUCCGGGAGGGGCGAAUGAAUCUCUUCACAAAGUACCUGCGCAGAAGGAAAGCGAAGCUGUCUGCGAUAUAUCGAGCGUGGGCGGCGAGACGUUCUUUUCUUUUCUCUCUCACACACAUACACACAUACACACACCCACACACACGUACGCAAAAGAGGACAAGGAAGAAGAAGAAGAAGAAUGAUGAUGACAAUUUGGUUUGAGCGAAGAGGUCGCCGUCGAAGGCUGAAGGGAACCUCUCUUCCAGAACGUGCAGGAUCCUCAAUAACAUAUCAACAGUGUACGAUAUAAUGGAUUCUAGCGGAAGCAUUUUACAAUACUGGCCACACACUUCGAGCAGUCUCCGUCUUCUUCUUGGACGUUUCGAGCAGCACGCGCGCGAACUGCCGAUACGAAGAAAACACAACGCAGUUUUCGAUUCGCGUUUAGACACCGGCUAAAUUCAUCGAGUACAAAUUCAAUCGAAAUUCGUUGCAGUAAACGCGUCAGAGUCGUCUCAACGUCGCACCUUGACGGUGCGCGACUCUCGCGAGCGGUCGAAACGUCCAUCGAUAGUCGCUCUUCAGGACGCAACAUGCGCGGUAUCGGCCGAAUGUCGGGCUUGAUCAGCGUCGCGCGUUAUUCGGGGCACACGACACACACGUCGGGAAGAAACAGGCGCCGAAACGGAGAACAGGAGACACAAAUCGGACGGCAAGAAUGGUGACCUGCUUUACAGUUAGGCGUUUAUCCUUUUGGUUCUUCGGCGGUUAUUCGGUAGUUUUGGUUAGCCACCCGAUUACCGGCUAGAGAGAAAGGAGAGAGAAAGAAGGAUACCUGUCAUUAAUCGUAAGAUUUCGUCAUGCUCGCUUUGUAGACGUAGGAAAGUAACCUGAAGACGAGAGAAUCAAGAAGUAGCCGCGUGUCUAUAAGGGAAACGCUAGUGUAACACGUAGAGUAUUAUCCAUCAUCUAUGAUUUAAGAAGUAAAAAAGGGGACGAGCAGACGGAGUAGGGGUAGGAAGAAAGUUCGACGAGCACAAAGAGCGCAGGAGAUGUUGAGACGAGAAGACGAUUAAUUUUAACGCGCGUGCGGCCACGCCGCGAGCGAGAGCUGGCCUCUCGAGUUUGCGUUAAAAUUAAUUAUCGAAGCACGAGACGUUGUUUUCUCACGACACACGUAUAAACACACACACACACACACACGCACGCACGCACGCACGGAAAAAGGUGUCUCAGUUCGUGCGACCGAAUGGGGACUGGACGAGAACUCUCCAUCGCUGCAACCGGAGAAUUCGUCUGGACGUUCAGCUGCGUGAAGACUCGGUUGACACAACCGAGAGCGAUCGCGACCGAGCAGAAACCGGCAACAGCGAGCUUUCCGUUCCUACAAAUGAGUUUUCGAUCGGUCUCGAAGGAAAGGAGUAGCAGAAAAUUCCGUGACACCGACGGAGCUAUUUUUUCCACUCGCACACACACAUAUACACACAUACGCGCGACACACAAGGCGGACGCAAUACUGCAGUACUGCAACAACAACGCGAGCAAGGAAUCCUGUCGAUAGUUGUUUUUAACCAAAGAGUAAUAUAAGUGAUUGUCGUUAAGUCGACGAGCGUGCGGUUCUCACCAAUACGUCUUCUGGCGGCGAACGUUCCAGCGUCGCUGAGAAAAACGUCCCGGAGUCCCGUCGCGUUGCUCGCGACAGGGAGCAAAGGACGAGAGGUGUGCGAGGACGAAGUAUGCCCGCGAAAUCGCCCGAACCGCGAGCGUUUGUUCGGCGCUCGCAGCUCGGCGAUCGCUCGCGAUUGGUAAGCAGGACUGAAAAUCCGCUCGAGCGCCGAACGACCGCCGUCGCGCUCCUCUCCGAAAGGUGCGAAGACUCCGCCGUCGAACGUCUCCGUUGCGCAUCGGGAUCUUCUGUGCUUUGAGUUUUUUUUUUUCUUCUUUUUUUUCGUCGAGCCGCACACGUCGUUGUGUUGCUGACGCGAUAAUGAGUGUUUUCCGUUUUAUGACACAAGGUCGGCACAAACGUCACUUUUGCUGCUCACUGAAUGUGGUAUAAAGGCGGAACGAUUGCUUGCGUCGGCUUGUGCUGAUAGAAAACGUCCAAUGAGUGCAUAUACGAGUAUAUAUUUGCAUACGUUUGUUACGACGACGGGGAGUCGAGUCGCGCGUCUUUCGGCGCGAGAGUCUUUUGCAUCGCGAGUCAGCCUAAUUCCGUCGGAGACCAACGUCACUGAGUCACGCGAAUUUGUCACCGAAUACGGCAUACAGGAAGAUAAUUCGAAGGGUGGAAAGGGGGAGUUUGAGGAGAAAUGCGAAAUUCGACGGGGCGUGUCGGAAAGCGGCGGCGGCGGCGGCGGCGGUGGCUCGGGCUCACGUAAUCGUAUGUUUCCUAAUCACGUUAAAAAAAUUAAUCUAAUCACACUGGAGGACGAAGAAGAGCGAGAGAGAGAGAGAGAGGGGGGGGAGGAAGAAUGAAAGAGAGAAAACGGAAAACCCAAGAAAAAAAGAUGAAAAAACAAAAAAAGAAAACUACGGAGAAAGCAAAAUCUCUAUCUGUGUCGUAGGCAGUGAUCUAGUGAGUGUUUUGGUGCUGGCCACCAAGCUUAGUGUAUA